CAUACAACGACAAUCAUGCUCUGACCUGUGGCGCUCUCCCUUCCGUGGCGCUCUCCUGGCUGCAGUGACCGGUGCGUUCGCGGCGCACAAGGAGAAGAAGGAAUUGCAGCGGGUGGAGCGGUCGGGGGAGGACGAGGCUUUCGUGAGCGCGGACGAGGGCCAGGCGAGCGCCAGGGGUUCGGCGAAGUCCCGGCGCGUCUUUCGCGACCUGGACGCCAGCGCGGCUGCGGACAACGCAGCUGCGGCAGCCAACCGGCAGGCUGGCGCGUGGAAGGUGACGUUGCGGAACCUGGUGUUGGCAGAGCUCAAGAAGCGUGCUGACGCGGCCGCAGAGGCGGGCAAGUCCGCUUUGGCGCGGGAGGGCGUGGCCGGGGCGUUCGCCGUGGACGCUGUGGCGACGCUGCAGGGCGUCUGGAUGCACGGGGACGAGCCCGUGGAGGAGGAGGUCAACCUGAACGGCACCAAGAAGCAGCAGAAGGUCUGGAGGUGCACGCUGGACUUCCGGUUCACGGAUGCCGCGGCGAAGUGCGCCCAGGUGUUCGGCUUCGACCUCCAGCCCUUCAGCUACGGCGAGCUCUGCUUCCACGCUGCUUCCGGGAGGCCAGGGAAGCUG